CCGUCUGUUGGUCCGACCUCCGCGCCCCGCCCCUCCUCCAUCACCUCCUCCUCCUCCCCCCCCUCCCCUCGCGUCCUCCGGCCAAGAUGUCUGACAUGGAGGAUGAUUUCAUGUGCGACGAUGAGGAGGACUACGACCUGGAAUAUUCUGAAGACAGCAACUCUGAACCAAAUGUAGAUUUGGAGAAUCAGUAUUAUAACUCCAAAGCCUUGAAAGAGGAUGACCCCAAAGCAGCACUGAGCAGUUUUCAAAAGGUUUUGGAGCUUGAAGGUGAAAAAGGAGAAUGGGGAUUCAAAGCAUUAAAACAGAUGAUAAAAAUAAAUUUCAAACUGACUAACUUUCCUGAAAUGAUGAACAGAUAUAAACAACUGUUGACCUACAUACGGAGUGCGGUCACAAGGAAUUACUCAGAAAAAUCCAUCAAUUCUAUUCUUGAUUAUAUUUCCACUUCAAAGCAGAAUUCUGAUUUUUUAUGUCAGAUGGAUUUGCUUCAGGAAUUUUAUGAGACAACACUUGAAGCACUGAAAGAUGCUAAGAAUGAUAGAUUGUGGUUUAAGACAAACACAAAGCUUGGCAAAUUAUAUUUAGAACGAGAAGAGUAUGGCAAGUUACAGAAGAUUUUACGGCAACUCCAUCAGUCAUGUCAGACUGAUGAUGGAGAAGAUGACCUUAAAAAAGGCACGCAGCUAUUGGAAAUUUACGCUUUGGAAAUUCAAAUGUAUACAGCACAAAAAAAUAAUAAAAAACUUAAGGCACUAUAUGAACAGUCAUUGCACAUCAAGUCUGCAAUUCCUCAUCCGCUGAUCAUGGGAGUUAUCAGAGAAUGUGGUGGUAAAAUGCACCUAAGAGAAGGUGAAUUUGAAAAGGCACAUACUGAUUUCUUUGAAGCGUUCAAAAAUUAUGAUGAAUCAGGGAGUCCAAGAAGAACUACGUGCUUAAAAUAUUUAGUCCUAGCAAACAUGCUGAUGAAGUCUGGAAUAAAUCCGUUUGAUUCUCAGGAGGCAAAACCAUACAAAAAUGAUCCAGAGAUUCUAGCAAUGACAAAUUUAGUAAGUGCCUAUCAGAAUAAUGACAUCACUGAAUUUGAGAAGAUCCUGAAGACAAAUCACAGUAACAUCAUGGACGAUCCCUUCAUAAGGGAACACAUUGAAGAACUUUUGCGAAACAUCAGGACACAAGUGCUUAUAAAAUUAAUUAAGCCUUACACAAGGAUACAUAUUCCAUUUAUUUCAAAGGAGUUAAACAUAGAUGUAGCUGAUGUGGAAAGCUUGCUUGUGCAGUGUAUACUGGAUAACACUAUUCAUGGCCGGAUCGAUCAAGUCAAUCAACUUCUUGAGCUAGAUCAUCAGAAGCGGGGUGGAGCACGGUAUACUGCGUUAGAUAAAUGGACCAACCAACUGAACUCACUCAACCAGGCAGUAGUCAGUAAGCUGGCUUAAACAAGAACAAGCUAUGACGAAAAUCUACUUAAGACAACAGCGCAGUGAUGUAAACCUUAAAAACUGGGAAUGGCAAAACUACUGACGGUUGGUGUGCCCUGAAAUUAUUGGAGUUACUGGCAGAAGUGCUUUUUUGAUCAGCUGGUUUGUGUUUUGCUGCUGCAUUUAUCCCAAGAAAAAAAAACCAACAGCUUUAAUCUUCAGAAGAAAACCAAAAUGCCACGGGAUUGAUGCUGUGUUGACCUUUUGCCCUCACCAUGCAACACCCUAAUAAUCUGCCAAGGGGCACCUUAUGGCCAGAGAGAAGGUUAUGUUUGUCAUGAUUUUAAUUACACUGACACGUUCCUGUUGGUUUAAAUUUAAGCGUAUUUUACCUGCAGAAAAAAAAAAAUCUCACAAAAAAUAACCUGCAAUAACUUGAAAUGCAUACCCUUUUGAACAUUUCCUCUUUCUCAUGUAUACAUUGAAAUGUUUGCUGCAUUUUGCAAAAUGUCAACUCUCCAAAAAUGUGUCUGCGUAUUUCUGUACCUGCAGUGUAAUAAAGGAUUAGAGGAAACCCACAAUUAUGGUGGCAUACUGUCACUUAGGUUUCAAGCAGCAGAAAUAAACAGUGCGGUUCAGAAAUUGUAUGUAUAUAUAUAUAUAUAUUUAUUAUUUCUUGAAAAGUUUUAACUGUUACAUGGGUGAGUUGCAUUUGUGGGGCUUGAAAGAGCAAGAGGGUUUAAAAUCAUUUUUUGGGAGGGUCGGGGGAGGUGAUGCUGGCCUUAAACUGUAAUAAUUGGUAAUCAAGCAUGGUUUUUGCAUUCUUUAUAUCAAUGUUAGACUUUUCUGUUUGAAAAGACACUCUGGGUUAGCAUGAUAUAGCCACAGUUGGAUUUUUUUUACAGCCCUAAUUAAUUCCAACCUAAACCUUGCAACUGGAAUUAGAAUGGGUUUACAAACCAAUUAAAUAUAGUUUCUGAAAAUACAAAUUAGGUAAUGUUAACCAUAGUUAAUUCUGUAAUGGAAAAAAAGGCAAGACAUUCCGAAAUGGGACAAGGGAUGGUGAUGGUAUGUAAUCUGACAAAUAUGAUUAAUGUGGAUUGAGCAGCAGACAUUUGGGGUGGCUGGUGCAGGUUGCCUUAAACGGUCCAAGUAUAUUUGUUUCGAUUUUGGGGUGGUUUUUUUUUUUGUAUAUUGUUUUAACAAUUCUAAUUUAAUAGGUAUAUUUAAGAGUAUUUAAGAGUAUAUGUAAGUAUGUGUUGUACCUGCUGUUUUAGUUCAUUUCAGAUUUGGAUUUUUAAAUGCUGGCUUUGAGAACCUUAAUUAUAGCUGAUGGGCUAGCGCAGGGGUGUCAAACUAUUUCAUUGAGGGCCACAUCAGCUUGUGUUUGACUUUGUGGGGGGGGGAGUGCCAGCUCGGCGUCACUCGUGUCAGGAACACCUGUGGUGGCCGGAGCACUCUGCCAGAGAAAAGGGGCUCCCAAGGUCCAUUUUCGGCUGUGACAGCCUCCUGCAACCCUCUGCCGGCAAAAACGGAGCACCCCUCCCAAGCUCCGUUUUCACUGGCAGUGGCACCGCAGGCCAGUCCUUCGCUGUUUUCAGGGCAGCCCCGUGGGCCGGAUCUAAGCACCCCGUGGACUGGAUCCGGCCCCUGGGCCUUGAGUUUGACACCCCUGGGCUAGCAGCACUAAACGGAAGUUUGUAGUUUAAUCUUUUAAAAAAAUGAAAGGCAAAAGACUAACCUUGCCAACAAUUCUGUAUGGCUGCUGUUUGUAGGGAAAAAGUGGUAAGCAGGUUUUCUUUGGGGUAAAUUCCUCUGUUCUUACUGAUAACUGGGGGACUGACAUGAUAAAGCAGCGAAAGUUAUACCGAUUAAGUUUUACAAAUGAUCAAAAAGACAUGGUUCAGAGUAAAAAGUUGAGUUCAUGAAGAUAAAAAAUGUAUGAAGAUGUAUCGUUUGUGAAAUCAAUCAGUAUUCUCGCUAAUCACAGUUAAUUCAAAGCAAUAAAAAGAGGCCACCUAACUUUGUCAUAAUAGGGAAAAAGAAAAACAAUUGAGGGUUGUGAUUUUUUUUUUCCUUCAGAAAAAUAUAUAGGAAAUACGUAUAGAAUUCUGUGUAUAUUUUCCUUUUGCUGUGCCUACCCCACAAGAUUCAGCAUUUGGUUGAACUGAUAUAAACGUGUGUUGGAGCAAGAGAGAGAUUUGAAAAUGUCAGCAAAGUGUAAAAAUUUAAUGUCUCGGGUAAAAAAAAACCUUUUACGGAAUUAGGUAGGUGGGAUUUCAAGGUUUAUUGCUGGGCUUCAUUCUAGCGCCGGGAUGGUGAACCUAUGGCCAGCCUAGCUCCACUGCACAUGUGUGCACACCUCCUGCGGGCCAGCUGGUCCGGGUCUUUGCUGCGCAUGCAUGGGGAGGCAGAGCGCAUGCAUGGGGAUGUGCGAAUGCAUGGGGUUAUGUGUGCGCAUGCACAGGGGCGCUUGCAUUGCAUUUUGGGGGUUUGGGCAUGCGCAUGUGCAUUUGCACUCUUGCGCGCAAUCGGGCACUUGGCACCAUCACUGUUCUAGGGUAUUUUUGAAAGUUAGGUCACUUCCAUUUGCAACUCCAGUGUCAUCCGUAUCUUUUUAUGUAUUUAUUUUUGUGGUAUUUAUUUAUUUGUUCAUUUACUUAUUCGCUUAUUUAGUAUUGAUUCUAAGAUGAGUUUUUGACUUCAGGGCAUCUUAUGUGAAUAUAAUGCCAUCAGCAAUGUUAGUGAUUGAACAGGCACACUGUGAUUGAACAGGCACAAUGUUAGUGAUUGAACAGGCACACAGUUUAAAGAACUUUAAACUGUCCUUUAAAGCCUUGUUAUUAUGUGCUGUGCAGUUGUUAAGCACAAUCAGAAGUAAACCCAAUGGAAUUCAGUGGGAAUUGUUCCCUAAUAAGCAGUCUUAAUCCUGUAUCGGUCUUCACGACUGAAACCCUUUUGUUCCAUUGUUGCUGCUGAAUUGACAAACAGCACGCAGAAUAGGGAUAUAUAGAGAAUCUGCAGAGCCGCCUCCUUGUCUGGAGGGAGGAACUCUUGUGUAAAAUUAAUGGAGCAUCUCUUGAAAGCACAAACAGAAUAGAAAGUAAAAUAGAGAGCAGCGUUUGGAGAGUCAACAUGACUCCAACCGUGUAGGAGAGCUGAACUUUUAAUCUGUUUAAUCGUACUAAUAGCUAAGUUAAAGCAAGGGCUGUUGCAACAUUGGGAAUACUUCUAUCACGUCAUUUGAAAGAAGGAGAGAAGUAGGUCUUGCAAGAUUAACGAUCUUGUAUUAAGUAUUAUUAAUGUAUUAAUUCUGGUGUAGGCUCUUUGAACUGAUUCUUGUCUAAGGUGAUGCCUGAACAGCGAAGGGAGUUUUUAAUGCUGUAAUACUUGUGGCAAAAUAUUCACCGGGUAAAAUAGAUCCGGGUGCUUCACUUCAGAAAUUCUGACUGCACCAAAGGAUGCCGCAAAACACAUGGACAUGGCUCAAACUGGCAUGCUUAAUGCAUCUUCGUGAGAAACGAUAACGGUAGCCUUUAUUUACUUGGGCUUGUAGCUAUAAUCUUUGGAUUUAUAAUAAAGAAAUGGAAACUA